UGGGGUCAUACUACAAGCCAGCAAGUGCUUGAACCCAUUUCUCAUUAUAUCAAACAAAUAUAUACUCUGAUCUCUGCCUAGCUGCUGCAGCCUCAUUCCAUAUUUCCAUUGAUGGUUUAAAAAACAAAUCUUUCCAUCAAAAUCCAUUUCUUGGGGUCCAGUUCCGGGCAAGAAAUCAAACAUGGGAGGGGAUGGACACAAAGAAAAAGAGGAAGAAGAAGAAGAAGCGACGGCUGGCGGGAGGGCGGCGGUACUGAUCAGACAAAAGAAAGAAGACGGCGCCAUGAAAAUGGUGCCCUUUUACAAGCUCUUUUCCUUUGCAGAUUCAACGGACGUGGCGUUAAUGGCGGUGGGCACAAUUGCUGCGGUUGCCAAUGGCCUCUCCCUCCCCUUCAUGACCCUUCUCUUAGGAGACGUCACUGAUGCCCUCGGUCAAAGUCAAUCCAACAACAACGUCGUUCACGCGGUUUCUAAGGUGGCGCUGAAAUUCGUGUACUUGGCUUUGGGGUCUGGCUUAGCUUCAUUUCUUCAGAUGGGUUGUUGGAUGGUAAGUGGUGAGAGGCAGGCAGCACGAAUUCGGAGUCUGUAUUUGCAGGCCAUUAUAAGGCAAGACAUUGCUUUCUUUGAUAUGGAGGCAAAUACUGGAGAAGUUGUUGGGAGGAUGUCUGGUGACACUGUCCUUAUACAAGAUGCAAUGGGUGAGAAGGUGGGGAAAUUCAUUCAGUUAGUAUCAACAUUCUUGGGAGGCUUUGUCAUUGCAUUCAUCAAAGGGUGGCUUCUGACUGUAGUCAUGCUGUCCUCUAUACCUCUACUUGUGCUGUCAGGCGGUCUGAUGUCUAUUGUCAUUGCCAAGAUGGCAUCCCGUGGUCAAGCUGCUUAUUCAAAGGCCGCUAUUGUGGUUGAACAGACUAUAGGCUCCAUUCGUACGGUUGCAUCAUUUACUGGGGAGAGGCAAGCCACGGCUAGUUACAACAAGUUCCUUGAGAAAGCAUACCAAUCUGGUGUACAAGAAGGGUUGGCUACUGGAUUAGGCCUAGGGUCGGCGUUUCUUGUCAUGUUUUGCAGUUAUGGUUUGGCCAUUUGGUUUGGAGCCCGGAUGAUAUUGGAAAAGGGUUACACAGGAGGAGAAGUGUUCAAUGUGAUUAUUGCGGUGUUGGCUGGUUCCAUGUCGUUAGGGCAAGCGUCUCCUUGUAUGAGUGCUUUUGCAGCUGGCCAAGCUGCAGCAUUCAAGAUGUUUGAGACCAUAAACAGAAAGCCAUCCAUAGAUGCAUAUGACACAAGAGCUGGUAAGAUACCUGAUGGUGAUGACAUUCGUGGAGAUAUCGAACUAAGGGAUAUCUACUUCAGUUAUCCAGCAAGACCAGACGAGCAAAUAUUCCGUGGAUUCUCUUUGUUCAUACACAAUGGCAUAACUGCAGCUUUAGUAGGACAAAGCGGGAGUGGGAAGUCAACUGUGAUCAGUCUGAUUGAGCGUUUUUAUGAUCCACAAGCUGGUGAAGUUCUCAUAGAUGGCAUCAAUCUCAAAGACUUCCAGCUUAGGUGGAUUAGACAAAAAAUUGCUCUUGUCAGCCAAGAACCUGUUCUUUUCACAGCAAGCAUUAAGGAUAAUAUUGCAUAUGGGAAACCCGAUGCGUGUCUGGAUGAGAUCAAAGCAGCAGCAGAGCUCUCAAAUGCUGCAAAAUUCAUCGACAAGCUUCCACAGGGGCUAGAUACUAUGGUUGGUGAGCAUGGGACUCAGCUUUCUGGUGGUCAGAAGCAGAGGGUUGCAAUUGCAAGAGCAAUAAUAAAAGAUCCGAGAAUCUUACUUCUAGAUGAGGCAACGAGUGCAUUAGACGCCGAGUCUGAGAGAGUGGUGCAGGAGGCAUUGGACAGGAUUAUGGUCAAUAGAACCACUGUCAUUGUUGCGCAUCGUCUCACCACAGUAAGAAAUGCUGAUAUGAUCGCUGUCCUUCAUCAUGGAAAGAUUGUUGAAAAAGGCACACAUAUUGAAUUAUCUAAAGACUCAGAGGGAGCAUACUCUCAGCUUGUACGUUUGCAGGAGAGACAUACGGACACAGAAAAAUAUGGAAGGCAGUCAAGUCAAAGGAUGACUUCCUCUUUACGUUCCAUAAGCCGGAGUUCAUCUGGAAUAGGAAACAGCAGCCGCCAUUCCAUUUCUGCCUCCUUUGGUCUGCCCACUGGAAUUGGUGUUUCUGAGACCACAAUUGCAGACCCUGAAGUUCCUUCAUCAGAGAAACAUUCUGUGAAGGCCCCAGUACGACGCCUUGCCUACCUCAACAAGCCUGAGAUUCCAGUUCUCAUAGCAGGAACCAUUUCUGGCGUGAUUAAUGGUGCAAUAUUUCCAAUUUUUGGCAUCUUGAUCUCUAAUGGAAAUCAAAGCAUUUUAUGAGCCGCCACAUAAACUUAAGAAAGAUUCGAACUUUUGGUCACUCAUAUUUGUGAUUCUUGGAGCUGUCUCGUUCCUGGCUUGUCCAGCAAGGACAUACUUUUUUGGGGUGGCUGGUUGCAGGUUGAUCAAAAGAGUUAGGUCAAUGUGUUUUGAGAAGGUCAUUCAUAUGGAGGUCGGUUGGUUUGACGAAGCUGAGCACUCGAGUGGGAUUAUUGGUGCCAGGCUUUCUGCUGAUGCAGCUACGGUGCGAGGUCUAGUAGGAGACGCUCUGGCGCAGAUUGUCCAAGACACUGCAUCAGCAGCUGCUGGUUUAGCUAUUGCAUUUCAAGCAAGUUGGCAAUUGGCCCUUAUCAUACUUGCUAUGCUACCUAUGAUUGGACUGAAUGUAUAUGCUCAAAUCAAGUUCAUGAAAGGAUUCAGUGCUGAUGCAAAGAUUAUGUAUGAAGAAGCGAGUCAGGUUGCGAAUGACGCAGUGGGAAGCAUAAGGACAGUGGCUUCGUUUUGUGCUGAAGAUAAAGUGAUGGAAAUGUACAAAAGAAAGUGUGAAGGGCCAUUGAAGGCAGGGGUUAGGCAAGGGCUGAUUAGUGGAACUGGUUUUGGGAUUUCCUUCACCUUACUGUUUUUAGUUUAUGCAGCAAGCUUUUAUGCGGGAGCUCGCCUUGUUGAGGAUAACAAGAUCACAUUCUCUGAUGUUUUUCGCGUUUUCUUCUCAUUGACGAUGGCUGCUAUGGCUAUUUCCCAGUCGAGCUCGUUGGCACCUGAUUCAAGCAAGGCCACGAGUGCGGCUGCUUCUGUAUUUGCCAUUCUCGAUAGCAAGUCUAAAAUUGAUCCAAGUGACGAGUCCGGUGUGACACUGGAGAGUGUGAAGGGAGAAAUUGAGUUCAGACAUGUUAGCUUUAAGUAUCCAACAAGGCCUGACGUGCAAAUCCUGAGGGACCUGUGCUUAUCAAUUCAUAGCGGGAAGACUGUUGCUAUUGUGGGAGAAAGUGGGAGCGGAAAGUCAACAGUGAUAUCACUAUUGCAAAGAUUCUACGAUCCAGAUUCAGGGGAGAUAACAUUGGACGGAGUUGAGAUCAGGAAGCUGCGAGUGAAAUGGUUAAGGCAGCAGAUGGGGUUGGUGAGCCAAGAGCCAGUACUGUUCAACGACACCAUCCGGGCAAACAUAGCCUAUGGAAAGGGAGGAGCGAGUGAAGCAGAGAUCACUAGUGCAGCAGAGCUGGCCAAUGCCCACAACUUCAUCAGUGCUUUACGACAGGGAUACGACACGACUGUGGGAGAACGGGGAGUUCAAUUGUCUGGCGGGCAGAAGCAACGGGUGGCCAUUGCCCGUGCUAUUGUGAAAGCCCCAAAAAUAUUGCUGUUGGACGAGGCCACCAGCGCGCUUGAUGCCGAGUCAGAGAGAGUUGUUCAAGAUGCACUGGACCGAAUCAUGGUGGGUCGGACCACCGUGGUGGUUGCACAUCGCUUAUCAACCAUUAGAGGAGCAGAUGUCAUUGCAGUGGUAAAAAAUGGCGUCAUUGUGGAGAAGGGGAAUCACGACACUCUCAUGAAUACUAAAGAAGGCUUUUAUGCUUCUCUCGUCUCCCUUCACAUCAAUUCUUCCUAAAUUCAUCAUUUCAAAAUGUAAACAAAAAACAAUUUUGAUUGGUUGUAAUAAUAAUAAUAUAAUAUUAAUAAUAACAACAAUAAUAUUCAUG